AGGGAGGGACGGGGCCUAACUUGUUGGACUGCCUGAUGGGCAGGUCUGGCUGGGGGUACUUGCUGGAGCGUGAGGAAGGCAGGGAAAGGUCUCUGCGAGGCGUGGAGUCCCGAGCCUGGCAGGACCCUUGCUCUUCCCCUGAAACACAGAUACAAGGCUUUUCGAGACGCGCAGGGAAGCCUCCCUCUCUUCUACUGGAAGCUGCUGGCAGUGCGUCUGGGCUUCAUCAUCGCCCUCGAGGCCCCGGUGGGUGGCACAGCAAAGGAGGAAUGGACUGUGGGUCACCUGGCACUGCCCAUCGCCCAGUAGCUGUGUGUCAGCAGGAGAGUCUGUCCUUCGUGGAACUGCCUGCCCUGCAGCCCCCCAGCCCCGUGUGUCUGGAUCUCUUCCCUGUUACCCCAGAGGAGCUCCGGGCUUCCAGCAGCCGCUGGUCCCUGGGGACCCCUGCUCCCCUUCAAGGACUCCUAUGGCCACCGGCCCCAGCAGGCCCAGCCACCGAGACCCCCUCCGGUGGGGGGAUGCGGCUCAGUAGGGCUGGAAGCUGGCCGCACUGUCCUAGCGCUCCACCCUCAGCUCUGGAGGGAGCCUGGAGUGCCCAGCACCCACAGCCGCAGCGCCGGGCCAGCCAUGGCUCGGAGAAGAAGUCGGCCUUGCACUGCUCUGGGCACCAUGUCCCUUCAUCCCUGCCCAUCUGUUGCCAUGGGAACCAGCUCCCACCCCAAAGGCGCAAGAUGCGGGUUUACCAGAGCCCGGAGGCCCACGCAGUCUUCCUGGAGCCUGGCCGGGCAGCAGAGCGGGCUCUGAGCACCGAGCCUGGGUCACCGGAGCUGUCCGGGCCCACCCGAGUCGGACUCGGACCCGGACCGGAGGGCCCCGAGCGGAGGCGCUUCUCAGCCUCGGAACUGAUGACGCGCCUGCACUCCUCCCUGCGCCUGGGGCGCAACUCAGCAGCCAGGGCCCUGGCCCCUGGGUCCGGGGCAGGAGCGACCCGGGAAGGGAAGGCAUGUGGAGGCGCAGAGGUGAAGGCUGAUGACGCGCGGAUGCCGGCUCCUGCUGACCCGGGCAGGGGCCAUGGUGCCUGGCCCGACAUCAGGCCGGACGCGCAGGAAGAGGCGGCUCUGGGUUCUACGAGUGCCAGCGAGCGGCGCCAGUCUCGGUUCCUCCUCAACUCCGUCCUCUACCAGGAGUACAGCGACGUGGCCAGCGCCCGCGAGCUGCGGCGGCAGCAGGGCCCCGGGGACGAGGCGGAGGGCGCGGAGGAGGGGCCGGGGCCGCCGCGCACCAACCUCUCCCCGAGCAGCUCCUUCCGGGCGCAGCGCUCGGCGCGAGGCUCCACCUUCUCGCUGUGGCAGGACAUCCCCGACGUGCGCGGCAGCGGCGUCCUGGCCACGCUCAGCCUGCGGGACUGCAAGCUGCAGGAGGCCAAGUUUGAGCUGAUCACAUCGGAGGCCUCCUACAUCCACAGCCUGUCGGUGGCUGUCGACCACUUCUUGGGGUCCGCUGAAUUGAGCGAGUGUUUGGGGGCGCAGGACAAACAGUGGCUGUUCUCCAAACUGCCCGAGGUCAAGAGCACCAGCGAGAGGUUCCUGCAGGACCUGGAGCAGAGGCUGGAGGCUGAUGUGCUGCGCUUCAGUGUGUGUGACAUUGUGCUGCGCCACUGCCCGGCUUUCCGCCGAGUCUAUCUGCCCUACGUCACCAACCAGGCCUACCAGGAACGCACCUACCAGCGCCUGCUCCUGGAGAACUCCAAGUUCCCUGGCAUCCUGUCUCGCCUGGAGGAGUCCCCCGUGUGCCAACGUCUGCCGCUCAGCUCCUUCCUUAUCCUGCCAUUCCAGAGGAUCACCCGCCUCAAGAUGCUGGUGGAGAAUAUCCUGAAGCGGACAGCGCCGGGCUCUGAGGAUGAGAACGUGGCCACCAAGGCCUUCAACGCACUCAAGGAGCUGGUCCAAGAAUGCAACGCCAGUGUGCAGUCCAUGAAGAGGACAGAGGAACUCAUUCACCUCAGCAAGAAAAUCCACUUUGAGGGCAAGAUCUUCCCACUCAUCUCCCAGGCCCGCUGGCUGGUUCGGCACGGAGAGCUGGUGGAGUUGGCACCACUGCCGGCGGCGCCCCCCGCCAAGCUGAAGUUGUCCAGCAAAGCAGUGUACCUGCACCUCUUCAACGACUGCUUGCUGCUGUCAAGGCGGAAGGAGCUUGGGAAGUUUGCCGUUUUUGUCCACGCCAAGAUGGCUGAACUGCAGGUGAAGGACCUGAGCCUGAAGCUGCAGGGCAUCCCCGGCCACGUGUUUCUCCUGCAGCUCCUCCACGGGCAGCACGCAAAGCACCAGUUCCUGCUGCGGGCCCGGACUGAAAGUGAGAAGCAGCGAUGGAUCUCAGCCAUGUGCCCCUCCAGCCCUCAGGAAGAUGAGGAACUCAUCAGUGAGGGGGAAGAUUGCCCUCAGGUUCAGUGUGUCAGGACAUACAAGGCCCUGCAACCAGACGAACUGACCUUGGAGAAGACAGACAUCCUGGCAGUGAGGACCCGGACCAGUGAUGGCUGGCUGGAGGGGGUCCGCCUGGCAGACGGUGAGAAGGGCUGGGUGCCCCAGGCCUACGUGGAGGAGAUUAGCAGCCUCAGCGCCCGCCUCCGGAACCUCUUGGAGAGCAAGCGGGUUACAAGGGCUGCCAGCAAACUGGGGGAACCCCCCGCGUGACGGGCAACCCCGUUUGGGGACGCCAUGCUAGGCUCCUGGACAGACCUGCAGGGGUUCUGUGGACGCUUCACUCCCCAAGCCGCUGGGACUGCUGUCUGGUGGGUCUGGCCUGGAGCGUACAGGCUGGAUGCAGGAGGCGGUGCCUCCAAGGGGGUCCCCUGUCCUUGCACUUCA